UUGAGUUGAGUUGAGUUGUUAAGUUGUUGAGUUGAGUUAGUUUAGUUGGCCUUGAAUAAUAGAGCCAUUUUGUAUACUAUGUAUCCCACUGCUGGACAAUUUCAGUCUUAUUCUACUUACUUUCUUGAUUGGUAGCAUCUGGGUGGUUUUUUCUAGGUAUUGGAGCUGGACACAGGUGGCAGCCAAGACAGAGGGUGAAGAGAUCAAGAAACCCACAGUUUCACAAAUGGACGACUCCAUAAUGAAAUUUGUGGAAGAUGAUCUCCUUAGUAUUUCAGGACUUCCUAUGGGCUCCAGAGAGUACUAUAUAUUAUGGUCAAUGGAGAAGAGCUUUCAAAAUAUCUUCCAACAUCUGGAAAAUGCAAGAGCAACACUUUUGGAACCGGAUUUACCAGAAUCCCAUGGUACAUCUUCUUCCUCCAUCUCUGACACUGUGGCUCAUGUGAGUGUCCCACAUUGCCGUUACUGUAAAAAUUGGAAAUGUUCUACUGACUACAGCAUAUCCUCUGAAUCCUCCAACAACAGCUCGAUCCUGUCUUAUCUUCCAAUCUUUCCUGAAAGAACAACUUGGCAAAUCCAGGGCAAUAUUGUCCCCGACUCCCUGGUAAAGGAAUUGCCCGAGUCCAGGAACCGAAGCACACCACUGCCUACCUUUCAUCUGACCGACACUGAGAAGUCAGAUCUUUUCCAGAAUUUUGCUGACCUUCCUCCCUUACAAGCUCAUGGCUCUUUUAUUAGCUCUAAUUUACAAUCCCUAGAUCCGUUAGUCAGAAGAGAGCUGCAAGAACAUAUGUCUCAGAAGGUUUCUACUCUGCAGAAACAAGUGGUACCUCUGCCUGUGAAGAAGUCAUGGAAAACACUCAAUCAUCUGAUGGAUGUACAAGGAGUUCCUGAACAAGAGAUCCCCCACACUCAGUUACCUACACCCAUCCCUCAGAGCACCAAGCCAAGUACCAACAGAUCUUCAGGUGUUCUAUCGAUUCAUCUACAUGUGAACAUCGGGGACAAUUCUGAAGUAAAUAGGACAGAAGACAGAAUGUCACAGCCACUUACCUCCAACAAGCAGCUAGAAUCUGAGAAUGACCACCAAAUCAUUAGAUACAAUCCUUUAGUUAUAUCAAUGGACACACCAUCUUCCAGACAUGUAGAAGUUAAUGCAAUUCAGGAAGAAACCACUUUACAAAAAAAGGAUCCAAAGCACGUGUUAGAGCUGAAUACAGAACAGAGGGUCAUAGGUCUUCCAGAAGAAAGGAUGAAGUCACAUGAGGCACAAGGAACUCAUGCAAAGCUGACACCCAAGCCACCAUGUUCAGCCACAGACAGAAUAAAGGUCACUCCGAUGGCAUUGCUUCAGGUAAUGGAUUCAAUGGGAAUAAUCCCAGAUUCACAUUCAGAGGUAACCGACCCUGAGAGGAAAACAAAAGAUAAGACUGACUUAUCACAGCCAUCAUACCAAGCUCAAAAAGUGAGUAUACCUUCCAAGUCAUCAAAUCCAGUAAUUGAAUCCAUAAAUGUAGUAAAUCCUGAGCAUCAAACAAGGGAACCAAAGAUUACUAACCCAUCAGAAAUGAGUCUGUAUGAAUUCACAGCAAGCACCAAAUUGACAUUGCCUGAAUUUGAUAAUACCCAGGGGACCAUUGUAGAAUCAUAUUCAGAAAUGGGAUCUCAGGGGUUGAAUCUAGAAGCAAGAGUGCAAAUUGAGGAAUCAGAGUCAUUGGUAGAAAAAAACCACUGAACCAUCUGGACUAGUUGUAGAGCCUACAGAGUUAACUACAGGACCCACACCACAUAUUAUAGAUGUGAUCCCAGGGCCACAGCUCCACAAUGUAAAGUCUAUGCAAAUAGAUACAGGACUAGAAUUACAAAGUGAGUUAUCUGCGGAUUUAGUACAACAGUCUUCUCUAGGAGUGGUAGAUGCUGAAAAGGCAAAACCGGAGCCAGAGCUUCAGAGUUUAUCACCAAAGGAGUCCGUUGAGGGGACACAGAUUCCAACUGUGAAAUCCGUGGAUUUGAAUCUGGGCCAAGAGCCACCAGUUGUCAAAUCACCAUUGAUUCCAGGGCCACACCUGCAAAGAGUCAGAUUUCCAAAGUUAUAUCAAGGGCAACUUCUUCAAGGGGAAAAUCCAGCAAAUUCUAUCUCGGGCUCCCCACAUUAUAAUUUGAAAUCUGAUGAAGCAAUAUCACAUUUCCCAGUACAAGAAAUCAGGUCAUCUGGUUUUAUUCCAAGGCCAAAGGUUCUAGAACCACAUCUACAACAUGUGAAAUCUACUAAAGUCAAUCUAGGACCAUGUUUGCAAGAUGUGAGAUUUUUUGAUUCGAUGCCAAAACCUAAGCACCAUGGCUUCAAAAAUACACAGUUAGUACAAGGUUUUCUGCUUCAAGAGAGGAGGAUAUCUCAGGAAUUUAUGCCAGAAUCAUUUUUGCCAUUAAGCCAAGAGCCAAAGUUCAAAGAUAGGAAGCUUGCUCUGCCUACACAAAGAUCAGAGUUUCACAACAUGAAAUUUACAACACAAGCCUCUGAACUACAGCAUCCACAUGUGAUGUCUGAGGAUGUCAGCACAGGACCUCGGGAACAAGAUACCAAAUUUUCUGAGCUGGCUUCAAGACCGAGACUUCAAGAGGUCAAAUUUGGGGAGCAAAUCUCAGGAUUGAUGUGUGAUAGUGCAAGUUCUAUGACUCUAGGGAUGCAUGACCCCAAAUUAGCAAAGAUGAUGACUGCAGGGCUACAGGAUACAAGGCAAGUGAGUUUUAACUCAGGGCCAUGGCUUCAAGAUGUCAAAUUUUGGGAUGUAAUACCAGGAACUCCACUUCAAGGGGUGAAAACUUCAGAGCUAAACUCAGGGCCACAUUUAGAAUGUGUAAAAAAUUUUGAGUUGACAACACAGCCAGAGAGGCAGGGGAUGAAACCAGAAUUGAUAGGACAAGAGUCCCCAUUUCACAGUGUAAAAUAUGUCACAAGGAAUCAAGUACCAAGCUUUGAAGACAAAAUGUCUUAUAAAAUGGUAUCUGAGCCACAGGUACAAAUGGCAGAAACAAUGAAAUUGGCUCCUGGGAGACACUUAGGAAAUGCAGAUCAUUCUGAAUUGAUCGGAAGACCACAGACCCAAGGCAGAGCAUCUUCUGAAUUGAUAGAAGGACAACUUUCAGGACUUAUAAAACCUGUGGAGAAGAACACAGUCUCAAAGCAAGAAGCUCUGACAUCUGUGGAAUUAACACCAGGGCUACAUUUGGGAGACUUUACAUCUACAAAGUUAAAGUCGAUGUCAGAGCUGGAUCAUGUCAAGUCUAUGCUGUCAACCCCAGGGAUGCAGGCAGGAGAUAUGAAUGUUGAGGAGCUGCCUUCGGGCUCCAGCUUGAAGGGUUUAAAACAUAGGUUACUUCCUUCAAGGCCAAAAAUAGAAGAUAGGAAAUCUGUGAACUUAACUGUAGAAGAGUGUCUCAAGAGGAUAAAAUCUACUGUGGUAUCCCCAAGUGGUUCACUGAGAGGAGAUAUGAAGUCUGUGCAGUUGAUUCCAGGUUCAAGAAUUCAAGAUUUGAAAAACAAGGGGUUGGCCUGUGAUACACAUGUUCAAGAUGUAAAUGCCAUGGACUUGAAACUUGAACCAAAGAAGCAAGAGGAGAGUCCUGUGACUUUAGUACCAAGGAUGCUGUUUCAAGAGAAGUCUAUGGAGGUGUUUCAAGGGCCUCAACUGCAAGGUGUAAAACCCAAGGAACUGACUUCACUGCCACAAACGCAAGAUAGGAAACCUGUGAUCACCCUAUGUUUGAAACAGCAAAGUGUGAAACCUGUAACUGUAGCCAAUACAAAAUCAAAACCUGCAAAUAUGAAACCCACAGAUGAAAUGAACUCUAACUUACAAUUCAAAGGUGCAACCUCAUUUGAAUUUGCUACUGCUCCGGAUGUUCAAAAUGUAAAACCUGAGAAGUUCCAAACAGGUAACUGUAGCCAAACACAAGGGAUCCAAGGAGUAAAUUCUUUUGUAUACACUGCAGGGCAAAAUCCUCUGUGUGAAAAUUCUAAUAGGUAUAAUCUUGGGCCACUUUUUCAAGGUGUGAAUUUUUGUACAUUUACAUCACCACAAAUUAUGUGUGUAAAUCCUGUUUGGUGCAAUACUAGAAUACAUUUGCAAGAUAUAAAUUCUUCUGCAUGUACUCUAAGUCAAAAAUCUCAGUCUGUAAAUUCUAUUGGCUACAACCCUGGGUCACAUUUACAAGCUCCAAAACUUCAAGAACAACACUUGAAAGAUUUGAAGUCUGAAUUAACUCCAGACUUGGAUAUAACACCUAUGGAAUACAACCCUGGUCCACAAAGUCAAGAUAUGAAUUCUUCUGGGUUUAAUCCUGAGUCAAAACCUCAGUGCAUAAGUUCUGUAAAGCCCAGUUCAGGGCCACAGUUACAAAGCAUAAAGUCCUUUGAGUUGACCCCUGACUCAGAGUCUCAAAGUACAAAAUCUGUUCUGUUAAACUCUAGAUCACCUUCUCAAGGUGUGGGUUCAUCUAACUUAAUGCCAGGGGCAAAGGUUCAAAAGAACCCACUUUUGAAGAACCAGCGUGGGUCAUGGCAGCAAAGUGCACAACCUAUAUUAAGUUUGAGGCCUCAGUCAAAUGGUGUGAAUUCUGUGGCUUUACCAAGGUCACCACCUGAAGAUAGAAAGUUUCCAGAGAGGAGUACACAAAUAUCGUUUUGUAAAAGUGCUGUAGAACUGACAACUAGCUGUGGUCUGAACGACUUGAGCAAUAAGUUGUUUUUUCCAGAUCCUUGUUUUCAAAACCUUCAAACUGUCCAGUUGAAGCCAGUGCCACAGUCUCAAAGUGUGAGUUCUUCAGAAUUGAUGCCAUGCCACAGUUCACAUCUUAUGUCUUCCCUUGCACCAAAGCCAUGUUUUCAAGAUACAAACCCUAAGGAGCUGAUAAUAGGAUCCAAACAAGAAAGUCUGAAUUGCCAACUCUUUCCUUCAGAGGAGAAACCAAUGAUGGUAUUGGCACCACAGUCCACCGGGAAGCUCUUAGCAGGACCAGCACUGACUAGUGUCAAAUUUUCAAAUUUGUCACUGAAAUCACAGCAGCAAAAUACAAAAUCUUUGGCAUUUACUUCAGAGCCAAAAUGGCAAGGUGUAAAACAGGUAAAAUUACCAUCAGUGUCUCUGCCAGAACCAGGAAAAUCUGUGGAGUCACCACCAAAGUCAAUUCUUCAAAACAUGAAACCUGGGAACCCAAUGCCCCAGUCAAUUGAUUCUAUCACAAAAUCUGCUACAGUCUUAUAUAGACCAGAGCGACAGGUGGUGUUCUUUGCAGGGAUGAGCAUGAAGUCUAGGUAUCAAGUCCCUAAAUCGAAUUUUACUUCACCACCAACUUAUCAAGAUGUGGGAUCUUUUGAAAUGACUAAAGAGUUGGGACAUAAAAGCAAAGAAAUGAUGGAGAAAUCUGUGAGGUUGAGCUCCAACCCAACACAUAAAGUCAUAGAAUCAUUAGAGAUGCCCCUGAAGCUAGAUCUUCAAGUACCAGAAUUUUUUGAUCUGACUCCAACACUAAGUGAUCAAGAUUCAAAAUCCUCAGAACUAAAUCAGAUCCCAGAAACUCCUGAGUUACAUUCUUGGUCAUGGCCUCAAUUUCAAGAUUUCAAGGAGUUACAUGUAAAAGAAGUUACAGAAUCUGAUAGAAUGGCCCUCAACGUCAAGAGUCAUGUUGCAGACAUGAUAGAGGUGACUUGUGAAGCAAGACAGCCAGCGAAAGAAUUUCUUAGAAUGACUCCAAAGCCAGUAAAUAGAGAGACUGGAUUUGUAGAAAAAUCUCCAAGGCCAUGUCCUCAAGACUUAGGACCUCUGGGGGUGGGCUCUAAGAAAAGAUCUCAAAGGGAACAAUCUGUAGUAUCAACACCAAGGCCAUUCUGUCACAUCCCAGAUCCUGUUUCAGGAAUAACACCAGGGCCAGGAACUCAGAUUCCCAAAUCUAAAAAUUUGGCCUCUAUGCUGUGGCUGCAAAAAGAAUCCUCUGAGUUGUCAUGCAAGCAAACCAGUCAAGUUGAGGGAAAUACAGACUCUGUAGAGCUCACCUUUGGUACACGGCAGCCAGGAGAGGUAGCGGCUAAGCUAAUAGAACCUCAGAAUCUGAGCCCGGAAAGUGCAAGCAUCACUCCAAUAGAAUCACUGGAUCAAACGGUAAACUUUGUAGGCAUUAAUCCAAAGCCACCAGAUCAAGUGACAGAAUCUGCAAAGACACCCCUUCCAGUUCCUCAAUCAGUUACCCUCCCCAAAGUUUCUGAAAAUGUGGAAGAGAUUCCUGGACCACCACUUCAAGUUAUAAAGUCUGUGAAGAUUCCAGAGAGUACCCCUCAAAAGUCAAAAUACAAUGAUUUCACUCCCAGAAUACAUGAUGUGAUAAGUUCAGAAUUUGCUCCAAGCCUUUGGCUACAAAAUGUGCAAUCCAAUAAAUUAACCCUAGCACCAACACAUCAGGUUUUAGAAAUAAAACAACCAGGCUUUCGAAUUAUAAAGACUGUAUUAAAUCCCAAACCACUGGUUCUGAUUGUAAAAUCUGAAGAAGUGGCAUCAGGACUCACCAUGAGAUCGAGCAUUAAAAUAAAGGAGUGUUUGAAUUUACACCCAAGACCACAUCUUCAAGGACUGGUAAAACUUGCAGGGUUAACUCCAAAGGCAGAUAUUCAAGUGACUUCUGCAGAAUUAAUAUUUCAGCAAACAUCUCCCCUUAAGGAACCUACAAUGUUAACUCAUGAACAAAGGCUUCAGGCUGAAAAAUCUCUAGGCCUCAAACCAGAAUCUCCUAAAGUAAUGAAAAUCAAGGAUUCAAAUCAGAAUAAAGACUCAGAGAUGAUCACAUCAGUACAGUUACAGGCAGAGAACUCCUUAUCUUGUUUCAUACACAGCCCUUCAGCCCCAUUUCUUUCAAGCAUUGAUAAAGCAACCCAAUUAGGGCACCUUCAAGGUUCUGGGGUGCCUAAAGAUUUAAAAGCUUUUGAUAUGGAAAACUUUGGUUUGGGAAUUUUGCAGUCUUCAAAGUCCUACACAGACACUAUUAUAAUAAAAUCUUCAGUUCUUCCCUUGGUCCUUCCAAAUCUACCCUCUGAUAAGACAGGGGACACCAAGGGAAACCCAUAUCCUGAGAUCUGGAGUAUGAAUGUCUUAUCUAAGGAAGGAAUUGAAAAGGGCCAAAUGGAGGAAUUCCAGAGGUAUUCUUCAUAUUCAUUCAAACUACUAUCAGAGGAGUUUCAGGCUGGAUUAGGGGCUCGAAGAAGCUCUAUCCAUUCUUUCUUGGGCAUACAACAGAAUGUCUGGGAAAGUCAUGUCUGUCGGCAACGACUACCUAGGAAAUACCUCUCCAGUAUGAUAAUGCUGGGGAAUGUCCUGGGAACCAUUAUGGAAAAGAAGCCUUGUUCUCAGUCAUUUUUAACAGAAGCAUCCACUAUGGACAUCUGCCAGUCUAUUCAUAAUUUAUUUGGGGUUCCAGCUGAACUAAUGGAAUUUUCUCAAAGCCUGCUAGAGAGGGCUCCAAGGACUGUUUCUCAGACCUCAGUGGUUAAAAACUAUAUUCAGAGACAUAUUUUAUGUCACAGUAAUGAGAAAAGAAUGCCUUUAAAGAUGUGGACACGCGGCUCCACAUCUUCCAUAAUACAGCAAUACUCUGGUAGUAGAUUGGGAGUCAAGAAAACAAGCUCAAACCUCAGCAAUAUACUCCAGGAUGUCACUGAGCAUGUGUCUGUCUCAUGUACUGGGGCCAGGUUUCCUGCCUUGAGGAAAUCAGAGUCUAACUCUGAGAUACUUUAUACUAGGGAAGGUUCUCUUUCCAGGGAGCAAAGUAAAAUUUCACCAUGUGAAAAUUUUACUAGGUCUUCUGAGUCUCAGCAUUCCCUCAGGACAGGUUCUUUCUCCCAGUCCAAGACAGAUAUCUCAGAACAGACCCAGCUGCUAAAAGAACUACAGGGGAAAAUAGCAGAAAAACUCCUAAGAAGUCAAAUACAGCACAAUGUCCCUCUUCCUCUAGCGUCAGGUCUUGUCCUAAAGUAUCCCAUCUGCUUACAAUGUGGUCGAUGUUCAGGAUUUAAUUGCUGUCAUAAUUUACAGUCUGCUUUUGGACGGUACCUUUUCAUCUACCCACAACUCCACCUUUUAAGCACCCCUGAGGGCCAUGGUAGUGAGAUUCAGUUGCAUCUUAGAUUUAAAUUACAAACUAGGAAAAGACCUCAAGUCUCAAAGUAUCAUGCAAGAAACCGAGCAGAUCCAUGGAAAGGUGCUGCAUCACCAUCACGAAGGAAAGCCAGACUCUCUACACCAGCAUCCAAGAGUCCUAGAAGAGAUUUCCAGGCCAGUUCUUCCCUGUCUCCUACUUCUGUACAAGUCCACACUCAACAAAAGCAAUGGUGCAGCCGUUGUAUGGCAGGAAACACAACAGCCAAAGACUCUGUGUUCUGUCAGGGUCAUGACUUAUCAGAGAGUGAGUACAGAAGCAAUCUGGAUGAAAGAUCUGUUAAAUCAAGCCCAAGAAAGACUUCUGUCUUAACACAUCCAAUGAAGAAAAUCAUCAAGGGACCUCAAACACAAAUCACAAGGCUCUACAAAAUCAGUACAAGCACAAAAGGCAGUCAUCCUAGAACACUGAGGGGUCUAUUAAGAAGCAAAACGGAAAACACCCAAACAAGCACUUCCAAGAGACAGCCUAAGAAAUCCUCCCGGCCCAAAUUUAUCCAAUCGCUUUUUCACAGCCUAAGGCAGGCAUUCCAAGCAGCACACACAACUGUGAAUUUUAUAGGACAGAAACUUCAGUACAAGAUGAGGCCAGAUAAUUUGUGGUCAAUCAAAAACUUGCACCCCAAACAAAGAUCUGAGGAUUAUGGCUUAGUGGGAGAUAGCCAUGGAGCCAGGACACCAAUUGUUGGGUACAUGUCAUCAAGCUCAACCCCUAAGCAAAAGGACAAGUUUCAGGGAGCAAGUGAGUGCUUUAGACAACCUCAAAAGCCCAAAGAAGCAAGGUCUCUCCUACCCAGACCCUUGCAAUUGCAGAAGAUCUUGGCUUAUGGAAGAGAUGUCUUUAACCAAGCUACUUCCAUCCCAGAACCUUUGAAGAGAGUUCAAAAUGCCUACAGUAUGGCAACAAAAAGCUGUAGUGAUGAAAUAUCCAGUCUAGAGUCCAAGAACUUUUCUAAAGUAGGAGCCAAAUUUCAGGCCCAAGAGAGAAUUGUAUCUAACCCUCUCUUGAAGGGAACCCUGCAGAGUCACUUAGGAAAGAAACCCAUUAACAAGGAAGAACAACAAGGCUUCUUUAUGGAGAGAACCCUAUGUAAUAAGUCACCUGAAAGGAUCCAUCGCAGGCUUCCUCAGAGAAUUCACUGGCAAAGUCCUUAUGAGAGGAAGCAACACAGUCCUUCUUGGAGAAGGCAUAGUAGUCCCACUGACAGAACCCUUAGAAGUCUUUCUGAGAGGUGUCAUCGCAGUCCCUCAAGGAGGACCCCACUCAGUCCCUCAAGGAGAACUCCUCGAAGUUCCUCAAGGAGAAGUCAUCACAUUCCCUCAAGGAGGCACACUCAAAAUCUCUCUGGAAGUAGCCAUCACAGUCGCUCAGGGAGUAGCCGUCCAAGUUCAUCAUGGAGGAGCCCUCCCAGGCCCUCAAGAAAGAAUCCAAGAAGUCCUUCGAGGAUGAGCCCUCACAGUCCCUCAAGGAGGACCCCAUGCAGUCCCUCAAGCAGGAGCCCUCACAGUCCCUCAAGGAGGACCCCAUGCAGUCCUUCAAGGAGGAGCCCUCACAGUCCCUCAAGGAGAAGUCAUCACAUUCCCUCAAGGAGGCACACUCAAAAUCUCUCUGGAAGUAGCCAUCACAGUCGCUCAGGGAGUAGCCGUCCAAGUUCAUCACAGAGGAGCCCUCCCAGGCCCUCAAGAAAGAAUCCAAGAAGUCCUUCGAGGAUGAGCCCUCACAGUCCCUCAUGGAGGACCCCAUGCAGUCCCUCAAGCAGGAGCCCUCACAGUCCCUCAAGGAGAAGUCAUCACAUUCCCUCAAGGAGGCACGCUCAAAAUCCCUCUGGAGGUAGCCAUCACAGUCGCUCAAGAAGUAGCCAUGCAAGUUCAUCACGGAGGAGCCCUCCCAGGCCCUCAAGAAAGAAUCCAAGAAGUCCUUCGAGGAUGAGCCCUCACAGUCCCUCAAGGAGGACCCCAUGCAGUCCCUCAAGCAGGAGCCCUCACAGUCCCUCAAGGAGAAGUCCUCGAAGUUCCUCAAGGAGAAGUCAUCACAUUCCCUCAAGGAGGCACACUCAAAAUCCCUCUGGAAGUAGCCAUCACAGUCGCUCAGGGAGUAGCCGUCCAAGUUCAUCACAGAGGAGCCCUCCCAGGCCCUCAAGAAAGAAUCCAAGAAGUCCUUCAAGAAUGAGCCCUCACAGUCCCUCAAGGAGGACCCCACUCAGUCCCUCAAGGAGAAGUCCUCAAAGUUCCUCAAGGAGAAGUCAUCACAUUCCCUCAAGUAGGCACACUCAAAAUCCCUCUGGAAGUAGCCAUCACAUUCAGUCAGGGAGUAGCUGUCCAAGUACUGCAGGGAGAAGUCACUCCAGGAGGUGCCCUUGCAGCCUUCAGGGAGGAUGCUGGCAUCAGGACCCCUGAAACCUCUGACAUCACAUAGGCACAACCCCACACCUGUUGCCAUGGUAACAGCCACCAUAUUCUCAGAAUCCACUUGGAUCAUGUCCCACCUUUUGCUAUGACUAUGUCACCAUCCAUAUAUAAAUAAAAGCCCCCUUGAUCUCUCUUUCUCUCCCUCCCCUUCUCUUUCUGCCACCACCUUGCCCCUCUUUCUCUCAAUAAACCUCACGUGGAACUGUU